AUGUCAAGCCCUCAGCCGCCUGUUGCGCUGAAGAACCCAUGCUCCAUCGUCCACAAUGGAGUUCUCUACGUCUAUACCCCAGAUGCUUUCCAGACCUUGGAGCUGAAAGAAGGUGCUGAAUGGAAGGAACAGUCCAAGGGAGUCUCAGUGACCGAUGGUGUCUGUGUCAAAGGGGGUGUCGACGGGGAUGCUUCUCGACCUGCUCUGUAUGUGGUCGGUGGUAUCGCCAGUGAUAAUGCUCCAAAUGACUAUUCGGGACUUCAGAGAUACUCCAUCAACGACAAUAAAUGGGAAAUCAUCCCCCUUACCGCUCCUGUCACUCAACACAGACACAAUCAUGGAGCCGCAUACAUGGUAGCCUCAUCCACCAUUGUUGUCUAUUCAGGUGCACAAGACGAAUAUGAUGGUGCAUCGUCCGAGACAUUCCUUCUUCAAACAUACCCACCCUACGAUGUGCAGGCAUACAGCUCAACAGCGCCGCCUACCAUCCGACCUUUUAUGUUACCGUGGAGCGAUGAACGUGCGCUUCUAGUAGGAGGUGGUGAUACAAACACAAAAAUUUUUACCUUUGGUCCCUCAGAAGGCUGGCAGGAUCUUGGUCUUUCUCUGCCCGCGGCCCUUCCUGAUUCAUCAAUUGCGCAGAGCGCAAUUUAUACCCUGGCCGAUAAUAGCAAGAUCUUACAGACUUUCAACCUGGAAAGCUCUCCUCCAACGGUGUUCACUAAUGUUUUGCUCAACCCCGGAGGUCAACCCGCCACGUUCAAUGAGACCGUUGGAAAUGCCGAGCAGACGCCCUCAGACACUUCAAGUGUGCCUCAAAAGAUGAAACGUGCCACCUUCCUUAAUACUUUCCCUACAUACAAUUCUACCUAUGCUCCCUCCACAACCAGAAGUGGAUUCAGCAUCGCACAGGGAGACGAUGGGCUGAUAGCAUUCGUUGGAGGCAACGAUGACGUUCCUGUUGCCUUUUUCAACCAGUCUGAAAACAGCUGGAUCAAUAACGCUCGAGUCCUAGGUGAACAAGCACCUCUGACUACUGCAUCAAGCACUGGGAGUCGAACAUCAUCCAUCCCUACUCCGACAGCAUCUUCUAUCCCAACAACUUCUGCCACGCCGGCGGACUCACCCUCUAGCAAGAGCCAUGGCUUGACUAUUUUAGGUGCCGUCCUUGGAGGCAUCUGUGGUCUGGCGGCAAUCUUAAUCAUUCUGCUUCUGUGGAUGAGAUCUGUGCGCCGCAAGAGAGCACAGGCAGAGAGGCAGAGCGCAUAUCCCGACGACAAAAGAAGAAGUGGUGAUUAUAAUUUCGAGGAAAGUGGCCUGCAACCUUUAUCCAAGGCUGGCCAGCCAAUGGGCAGAAGCCCUGUUCCAUCCACAAUGAUCUCAGAUGCCGACAGUACCGCCAUGUUUGGAGCGAAGCCUGAUCCCAAAUAUCUCAUACGUCGCGUUUCUUCUGACCGAAAUCAACCUGGCUUCCGUGGCUCUGGCAUUGCCUUCGGACAAGCUCUGUUCAAGCGAGAAAAAUCUGCCCAGUUGAGUAUCUCAAAACCAAUGAACCCUGUUCUCAACGAUUAUCAACAAAGACCAAGUAUCGACUUGGGCGCCGCUACGCCGGCUGCUGCGGCGGCUGCUGUGAGUGCCCCAAGAUUAGCCGCAGCAACCGCUCCAGCGCGAAAGCCGUCCCAACGCAAGACGGACGAGGGAUGGGGAAAGUAUUUCCAAAAAGAAGCUCCAUCUGGGAAUCGGACGACUUUCUUGUCAAGAUCAUCGGCCAGCAAAAGUGGAUUCUGGCCCGGUGCAGGUGUACCGGAAAGUCAAACCCAGUUAAGACCACCGAAAAUCCUGUUGCGUGACAGUGUUGGAAAUCCCCUUGAAGCCCACAGCGUCGCUGCAGGAAGUCCCAGCUUUGAGCAUGGCCCAUCAAAUGCGCAGUCACGAGGCCUCCAAGCUGCUCAGGGGAUACCAGCCCGGAUCUCGAGUGCAAGCUCGAUAACAACAGAUAGCAGUUACGACGACUAUGAGGAUGAUCGUAUCAAUGGUGCGUUUUCGAGUGGUGUUCCUGCCAGUGUCAAUAACGUAUCCUGGACACCAGUCGGCAACACCUGGUCAGGGCCCGCCGAAAGACCUCUUCGACCUCCAAGCAGCUAUGUUGCAGCUCAUGGGCAACCGCUGAACACCGCAUCAUCCAACGAGACCAAUGGCACCUCGGAGACAAAGACGUCUUCAAUCCCAUCAUUUCCAAUGCCCAACUCGAUACGCAAUGGGCAGGCGACAGGAGCAAAUGCGACCACCGAAUCUUUCAAUUUGCGACCUGCUGUCCACUCACCCAACAUUACUGGAGAUUAUUUCGGUAACUUCGGCGAUCACAAAGAAGUCCCACAAGCAAAAAGUAGUGACAUGUCUUGGCUGAACUUGGGAACACCGAACCCUAAUCGGUGA